AUGGAUAUGGAUGUCCAGCAGGUCAAGUUGAAGAUUAAGAGAUGGGAGCAUGCUUUCAUAGCCGAACACAACAGGCCUCCAGACAAGGAUGAUAUAAGGCCCCUCACCGAGAUGAAGCAGCUCUACAAACUUUACUCUGUGCUGAAAAGUAAGGAGCGUAAAGCCGAACCAAUACAGAAGCAGCAGACGCCGCGUAAGGACUCUAAUAUGGUGCUUGGUCCGACCCCGCAGAUAUAUGGGAAAGCGGUUAGUAUUUUCGAGAUGAAGGUGUCGCCGUUGAAAGUGGAAGAGACGCCUACUACCGAGGUAGAGGAAGAUAUAGAAUCAGAAAUAGAGUCAUCAGUUAAUAGAAGAAAUAGCGACGAAGCUAGCGCUAAUGAAGAGAAAUUGGGUAUACACUCAGUGAAGAAAAGACUAUUCGAGUCACCAAAGAAAACAGAGAACACAACACAUCUGGCCGUGCCACAAGUAACGCGGUAUGGCCCCAAUUCACCUUUGAAACUGGCCCAAACAGUUAGUAUACGGCAGCAUUUGUUGACACCUAAAAAAAAGAAGGCAGAACCCAAAUCUUUAUAUACUCCGUCACCGUUGUUGAAACGCAACUCAUCAAAAACCCUAUACGAGCUUGCCCAUGAGCACUUACAGUACGUGGAGGAGAUAAAAGAACUUGAUCAGCAAUUCAAGAGUGAGAUUGUACCAAUACGACAUGGUAACGGUCAAGAUAUAGGCGAUGAAAGCGAUGAAGUGCCCGAAAAGAAGAAAAGGAGAACUGGUGUGCUCAGAAGAUUGCAAUUUGAUGAGGAUGAAAAUGAUCGAACUAUAAAGAAAGACUUACAUAAGGAGUUACUGAAACUAAAAUCAAGGAAAGUUAAGGAAUUUCUAGGUAAAGAGGACAAUGAACCUUCUGAAGAAGAAGAAGAGGAACAACAAAAGUCCGAACCCCUACCGGUGAAGAAGAAAAAACCAAAGAAAUAUAAUCUAGUAAGCAACAACUUCCGUAGACUAAAACUGCCUAAAAAGAAUAGAAACCCAAGAUUUGGUCGGCGUAGAUAG